AGCUGCCGCCCGCCGGCUCGCCCGUGCAGCAGCAAUGCCCGGGAGCCCAGCCCUGGCCCCGACCCGGGUCCCCGACUCGCCGCGGAAUUAGCCUCCCGGUGCUGCGAGCGCGUCGCCGACCUCGCAACGAAGCGAAGAUGGGCAACACGGUGCACAGGACCUUGCCAGACUCAAGUCCCCCUGCACGCCUUCUGGCCACCAGGCCCUGCUGUGGCCCCGGCCCCGAGCGGCGCCCAGUCCUGGGUGAGGCACCGCGCUUCCACGCACAGGCUAAAGGCAAGAAUGUGCGGCUGGACGGCCACUCACGCCGGGCUACGCGGCGCAACAGCUUCUGCAACGGCGUCACAUUCACGCAGCGGCCCAUCCGCUUGUAUGAGCAGGUGCGGCUGCGCCUGGUGGCCGUGCGCCCGGGCUGGAGCGGCGCGCUGCGCUUCGGCUUCACAGCGCACGACCCAUCGCUCAUGAGCGCGCAGGACAUUCCCAAGUACGCCUGUCCCGACCUGGUCACACGGCCCGGCUACUGGGCCAAGGCGCUGCCUGAGAACCUGGCCCUGCGCGAUACGGUGCUGGCUUACUGGGCUGAUCGCCACGGCCGCGUCUUCUACAGUGUCAACGAUGGUGAGCCGGUGCUCUUCCACUGCGGUGUGGCCGUGGGCGGCCCGCUUUGGGCACUCAUCGACGUCUACGGCAUCACUGAUGAGGUGCAGCUCCUUGGUACCCUGCAGUCCAGUCCUGCAACCACAACUCCAUCGGGGUCUUUCAGUGGCUCCCAGGAUGAUAGCGAUUCAGAUAUGACCUUCAGUGUCAACCAGUCCUCCUCGGCAUCAGAGUCAUCCUUGGUGACGGCCCCCAGCUCCCCGCUGAGUCCCCCGGUGUCCCCAGCAUUCUCCCCACCAGAGCCAACGGGCAGCAAGAAUGGCGAGUGUACAGUAUGCUUCGACAGCGAGGUGGACACUGUCAUCUACACAUGCGGACAUAUGUGCCUGUGCCAUGGCUGCGGCCUGCGGCUCAAGAGACAGGCACGGGCCUGCUGCCCCAUCUGCCGGCGGCCCAUCAAGGAUGUCAUCAAGAUCUACAGGCCCUAGCCUGGCCCUCCAGCCAGCCUUCGCUGCAGCAAGGUCACCUUUCUGAAGCUCCCACUGGGCUGGGCACCACCAUAGCCACCAGGGAGUCCAAGGGCAGCAGCCAUCUCUCAUCUGCCACUCUCCAAUGGUGGGCAAGGUGUGACAGUUGUGGAGAGGAGGCCCGGGGGUCUGAGCCCAGGCAAGGUUGCUUCUGGCUCAAAAGUGCUUUGCCCCCAAAAGGCCAUCCCAAGCAAGCUCAGGAACUGCCUGGUAGAUGCCGCCCUUGGUGACCUGUAAGCUGGGAACCAGCACCCUCUGUCUGUGCAAUGCUUCUUUCUGGGGUUGGGUUGUGUGUAUUUGAGGGGGAGGGGGGUGGCCACACAGAGAGAGAAUGUGAGAAUGAAUGAGAGAGCAGGGAUGCGUAGGCGUUGUAUGUAGGGAUCCUAGCCCUAGGAGGUUAUUUAACACUAAGAACUGUGCAAUCCAGAGCCCAGGAGUUAGUGCAGCUAGAAACUGUUCAUUUUCUGGGGGUGGGACAGAAGCUGGUUUUGAAUGUUCAUGGUCUGAUCCUACAUAGCACUCUCUUGGAUGGUCUAGAAAAGAGACACUCAGAUUUCCUAAGGGGAGGCAAAAAUAGCUCACUGUUUACAGCUCCAAAGCAGCCGCUCCUGGUGGCAGGCAGGUGGGCGGAGAACAUCGGGGACACUCACUCUUUGGUUCUUACUCAGUUUUAGAGGAGCAUUUUUCAUGGGUGCUAAGGUCGGGCAUUCUGAGCUGUGGCAUCUUUUCCCCCUUUGCCCCAGACAGAGGAAUAGGCACAGUGCACCUUGGCUUAGUCCCUGGAUGCUUUUGGCCUUGGUUAACACUCUCUCCUUCUCCAAGGAGAACCUUGGAGGAGGCAUGCUUGUCCUGGGAAGGAGGACCCCAGGGGCAGAGGACUCAAAUGGAACUUCGAUACACCACCACAGAGUACAGAUGGCUUUCUGUAUUUUCCAAGGUGGCCCCUGGGCUAGCACUAAUGGACCGAGGUAUCCCCAGGGCCAGAAGCUACCUGCAGAAGCAGGAGGGAAACAGGCUUCAUGAUGGUCCUUGUGCCAGCUCUCGGCUCCUCUUUGCUUGCUGAUUACUAAGGUGCGAACUGAUGAGUACGUUAGCUGAUCUUUAAGACUUUAACUGAGAGUGCUGACUUGGGGUUCCUUCCCUCCGGAGAUCUGCUUGCUUGUACUUCCCCCAGGCCCUGUCCUGUAGGCCCUCUCUGCAGAUCCCAUUCUGCGAGAUCUGAGCCUUCUUCUUUUCUGGCCCCACUCUGGGCUCCCCACUGUCCUGUUCCAAGCUAUCCCUUGGGGGCAGUUCUUGGCCUCUCUGCUUUGGGUUCCUAAUUAGAAGUCAAGUACCUGACUUCUCCAACAGCUCCUGGGAGGAGGGGCUCAGCGUUCUAAGAAGUCAGGGGGAGGUUAGCAAAGAGCAGUUAGCAUUUGUCUUACAGUUAUAAUCUCUUAUGUCUUGCAAGACAGGGAAAAAAAGAAAAGCAAAAAUGUUCAGGGAAGUUUUGCAUUCACUAAAUCCCUUGCUGGGAGCCAGCCUAGGCUGGGACCUCCUGAGAAGCAGUCCCCAGAGACUGGUCCAUGUCCCCCAGGAUGCCUGCACCUGCCAAGCAUGCCUUCUCUGCUAGGGCUGGUUCUGGGUUCUGACAUGAUCUUGACCUCAGAAAUGCCGCUCUCUUGCCUGGCAAAAACCCCUGACCUCUGCCUUUCCCCCGGUGAAUCUGGGGAAGAUGGCUGGCCAUAUUGGAAUUUUGCAGCAGAAUCUCUUAGGAACUACUAGAACUCCAGUGUUUGGCAUGGAAAGAGUUGAAGAAUCAGGCAGGCCUCGGUGCCCGGCUCAGUUUGCUUAGCAGGACUCCACUUCCCUUUGCACCCAGAGGUGUGGGCAGAGCCAUGCCUGGGCUCCACAUGGGAGGGCUUUGUCAGGGAGCUGGUUCCCCAGCCAUCUGGGCCCUCGUCGAAUUGAGACAGUCAUAGAGUUCAAUGGCAGCAGUGGUCUGGGACAGCUGGCUGCCUCCUCCCUGCUCCUGCCCUUCCCCAUGGACCCUUGGUUCCAGUAGAGGACACAUAGAACCACCACCAGGAAAGCAGCCGCUGAGGGCUGGGCCCAGGGUGGACCAGGCAUGCUCCUGGUGACCUGUUACCCAGGCAAAAAGGAGCCAGUGGCCUGCUCAACCUGCUCUGCAGCCACUACUAAUAGCCUCCCUAUGUCCUGGAAAGGGGGGGGGGGUGUCUAAAACCAGGCACUUCUGAAUACUUUAGGGAACAAGCACAUCUUGUACACUUUAUCUGAAGUAGGGGGUGGGAUAAGGAGGGAAAGGAACCAGGAUGUCCUUUAUUUACACCUACUAUGUGCCUUGGCACUGAGCUAGAGGACACCUUCAUGCAUUAGUCCCAGGAAGCAAGUCUUAGUGCCAUAUCAAGCCACAUUGAAGAUGCCUCUGAUUAUGAGGCACCACGCUAUGGACCACUAAGAAACCACUGCCAAUCUCAACUAAGAUGCCACAACCAUUUAAUCCCUUCCAAUUGGAGGUAUCCAAGUGUGAAAAACUGUGAUUCUUAGAAUCCAGAAAAUAAGAUAUUCUCCGCACUUGGCAGGUGAGAGAAUUGAGGUGCUGUGUGAAGUGACUUGAAGAUCACAUAACGGGGAGGACAGGACUGGGAUUUAGGCCCAGGAACGUGUGGCACCAAUCUCAGUCUCCCCACUGCUUGCCCCUGGGCCCCAGAAAGCUCCAGGCUGUCCGUGUUUUCUUCCUUAAAACUUGUGGCCAGAGCCUGGGCACCUGCACCUGUGGAAGUUCCAGGCUGCAGCCCUUCAGCUGCCCACACCCUGCAAGGACCAGUGUCCUCCUUUUAUGGCUUGAGCGUUCACUGCCACUUUCUCCAGCCAAGCCGAGCUUGGGAGAACAUGGCUCCAGCCCAAGGCCUUCUACCACACAGAGGUGCCCACGUGGGUGGCUUUGGCAAUGGACCAUAGCUAUGUACAGGGUCCCCAGGCCCCCGGGGUCCCAGCCCAUUGUGUACCCUUCAGGGCUGUAGCAGCCAGAGCUCCACAAGCAGGAUGGGGGUGACCAGGAGAUGCCACAUUUGUCAUGGUCUUGCCCUAGUCCACAUGGAGCUGGCUGGAAAGCAGAGCUGCUUUCCAAGGCAAAGCAAGCACCCUUUUACAGUGCAUUCCCAGAACAGGGAGUCUUGGGAUUUAGCCACUCUGGGGCCGCUGCUCCCUGACCUGCCGCCCCAUUUCUUCAGUCAUUUGAUAACUGAAGAUCACAGGUAUAUUCCUGGCCACAGGGUUGAGAACCGAGACCAAAAACAGCCCGUAAGGAGCUCGUGGUCUGGAGGAGGUGAUCAGAUUGCAGCAGAAACUGAUUAUCAGUGUUCAGGGGAUGGGACAACACCAGAUACGCAGUCAUUCAACCAACAUUUGCUGAGUGCCCCCUUGGUUUAAGGUGUAGGGAAUGGAGCAGCUAGCGCCAUGCCCCAGGUCUAAAGCCAAGGCUAGCACACUAAUAGGGUACCAAGAUGCUAGGGGCAGGCUGCUUUAGGCUUUCUUGGCCGUUCUGUCGUCUCCUGUCCAUCUAGAUAAGUGCCCACUGACUGCCUUCCUGGCUGAGAAUUCAUGGCAUGCUUUGCAGACUCUCCUCUGCUCUAGAAAUGGGGGACCUCUGGGAUUGUGGGCUGCUGCCAGAUAACUUCAGGCAGAGCUCACAAAGCCCCCCACAAGCUCAUGGUCACCUGCAGGUCCUUCCAGGAGGCACUGGGGAAAUGCUACCUGCUACUUUGGGGCUCUGGGACUCCCUCCCAAGGCUGAGAGGCCCCCUAGGUCCACUCCAGCUGAGGAUGUGCUUGUGCAAAGACCUGUUGAAUGAGAGGCAGUAACCUCCCACUGCUGGAUCCCAUCAAUGCCCCAGGCUGGCAGGGGGACACCAGCUCAGGGACACGUGGCCUCCUGGCAUUUCUUGGUAUUUAAUUGUCUCACUGUCUUAUCCGAGUCCCUAAUGAAAUGAUUUGUACAACAAUCUGUCUGUGCCUUAUGAAAGUGUCUGUGCACUUUUUAUCCUUUUUCAAAGCAACUUUUUAAAAGACAGGGGGACAAGCUGAUGUGGUAGGGUUCUGGACACCUGUGGUUAAUCACCAAAACCCUCUUGCGAAAGUGUCCACCCUCACUCCACUCCCCACAAGCUGUGUACAGAUGUUUUUAAACAUGUCUCUUAUUUUUCUGAUUCAAUACUGUGACCUUUCCAAUACAGUCUAAUCUUUGGGCAACUGUAAUAAAGGAUUUAAAACUGGG